CGACCCCCCCAUUUAGAGCUCAAGCCAAAGCUUUCGAGAUUCCAGAGUUCGUAGCUACAAGAUAUAGAAAUCUGCAUUAAGAAAGAAGCAAGGAAAAAAUGGGAGGCAAUGUUUACGAAUUGCAGAAGCUUAAUGGAUCAAUGGCAUCUCGUGUCACAGCCUUCCAUUCAAAAGAGCAAUGGAAAUCCCACGUCCAGGCCUCUAAGGACACCAACAAGCUGUCGGUGGUUUAUUUCACUGCUACAUGGUGUGGAGCUUGUAGAUUCAUCGAGCCAGCCUUCAAGGAGUUUUCUGCAGAAUAUAAAGAUGCAGAGUUCAUCAAGAUUGAUGUGGACGAGUUGGAGUCUGUGGCAUGGGGACUCGAGGUGGGGACAUUGCCAACAUUUUUGCUGGUGAAGAAAGGAAAGGUGGUAGAGAGGGUGGUGGGGGUUAGGAAGGACGAACUGCAGAAGAUGAUUGUGAAACACGGGGCAUGAGGACCACCAAUCAUGCGUGGAGCAUCAAUCCUGCUAGCUGGGCACUGCUAUAACCAUAUAUAUAUAUAUAUAUGUAUUCCAACUACAACUACUUGGAAAAGGGAGAGGAGGGAAAAAGAGAGCUCAAAAUAACACACCCAUUUACAUAUAUAGGCUAAAUAAGACGGUGUCUUUUCUCUUCGUUGUUAAUGUAAUAUGGUGAGCUUUUCUCACUUUAA